UAACAAUAAUGGAAAGUGGGAGUGUUAUAAAGGGCUCCCCCCUUCGGAAUUAGAUGCUUUUUUGUCUUGUUUCGUUUGUAUUUUUGUUGUAAAACACAUCUCCAAACCCCUCUCUAAUUUCGCUUCAAUUCUUUCACCAUAAUAAUAAUAAUAAUACUAAUUUGUUUUCUCUGAAAUUUCUUUUCCUGGUUUUUGUACUCAGAAGAGCCAGAGAUGAUAUCGCUAUCACUAUCACCACAACCCUUUCUCUGGCUGGACUUCUUCGUCGUCUUCCUCGCAAUCGCUCCUUUUGGGUUUUCCUCACCGAUUGCCCCAUUCCCGGCGCUUCCGCCGCCGCCGCCGUCGAAAUCCUCGACGACGUUUAAGCCCGGAGUAGCUAUUGUGGUUGGGAUUCUCACUACUGCGUUCUCAGUAACGUUUUUGGUGCUGUUGUACGCGAAGCAUUGCAAGGGGGGGAGCGGCGGCGGGGGGUCUGGGUAUCGGAGCGGGGUCUUGCCGGCGGCGGCGGCGGCGGAUUUGAGGAAGAACUCCGGGAUUGACCGGACGGUGAUCGAGUCGCUGCCGGUGUUCCGGUUCGGGGCGCUGAGAGGGCAGAAGGAGGGGCUGGAAUGCGCGGUGUGCCUGAACAGAUUCGAGCCCAACGAGGUGCUCCGGUUGUUGCCGAAAUGCCGGCACGGUUUCCACGUGGAGUGCGUGGAUACAUGGCUGGACGCCCACUCCACUUGCCCCCUCUGCCGCUACCGGGUCGACCCGGAAGACGUCCUCCUCGUCAUGGAUCCUUCCGUCCUCCAGAGAGCUUCACAGGAAAAGCCUCAAAUGGCGUCGCCGGCGCCGGCGCCGGAGCCGGCGAAAGGAAAAGAACCCGGGAAUUUCCGGGCAUCGGGGAGGCACUCGUGGGCGGGAGAGAGAGGGCCGGUAAGCUCGCUACAGAUCAUCGUAGAGAACCCCGGAGCUGGAGCACAGAAUACGACGUCGUUCAACGGGCGUAGGUCGUUGGACAGUUGGAAGAAGAAGAGCAACGGUAACGGUAACGGUAACGGAGGAAGCGGGAAAAACAACAACCACCCCGAAACGGUGUCGUUUGGUUGCCUCGACAGAGCUAACAGAAAAGACGGGCUUUUGCUGGCGGACAAGACAGAUCAACGGCGCCUGGAACACCGGAUCAUAGUCUCCUCCGACGCAAGUGGGCCCCGCUACCGCUGGAGCGACGUGGAGCCCUCCGAUUCGCUGUACCUCCAGUCCGCCUCGCUCUUCAGCGAGAGCCGUCGAUUCUCGGAGUCGAGAAGAUCGACGGCGGUAGCGGGGAGUGGCAGGAACGUAAUUAAUGGGAGAAGCGUGUCGGAAAUAACAGGGGUGAGUAGGUUUAGGAGUUAUGAGGAGGAAGAGGAGCAGAAGGAGAGAAGGAGACAGCGACAAGAGGGAGCAGUAACGAGGUGGUUGGCUUGGAUAGCUCACUAUCCGUCCCAAUCCGCCCGUACAUCUGGACACUCAGAUCAACCACCAGAUUUCCUCACCAGCUCCGUUGGUCACAAACGUGAAAUUUAACAACAAUGAUUCAGAACCGAGUCUCACCAACAACAGUGUAGAACAAUCUUUUCAGAUGCUUUAUCGAGACGUAGGAGGUGACAAUGUUGGAACAACCUUCCAGAUGCUCUAUCGGUGCAUGGGGUGCUCAAUCAAAUUCAAUGUUUUGGAACAACAACAUAGCUUCCCUUUUUCUUUUAUCUUUAUUUAUAAUUUAUAAAUACGGACUACGGAAUACUAGAUUUCUGAGUGAGGUGUAAACAUUACUCGAUCUCCCACGUUGCACUUGUGUGUAAUCUUAUUACUCUCACAUUCAUCACAAAUCAUUUUUCUUGCCCACAAAA